AGGAGUGCUAUUUUAGUGCACCUGUCCUGCGAUGAAAGCAAGUUAUAUUUAAUGGUUUAUUUCUGUAACUGGUAAAUGUUGUGUUUUUGGCGCACACAGACAGGGUAGUACAAACACGGCGGUUCUUAUUAAUAAUAAAUAAAUCGGAGAUCGAAAAACGUUUUAAAAUCCGCACCAUUCUCACUAGCAGAUCGACUUUUCCACUCCUUUGUCCUGUUUACAUUUGCAUUUAGUUUGGAAAUAGCAUUUGGAGACAUCUUAAAACAGACACAGACGAUGGACACGCGAUUCACCCGCGGGAAGUCGGCGAUCCUGGAGCGCUCUCUGACGCGACCCAAGACGGAGGUGAGCCUGAGCACUUUCGCCCUGCUCUUCUCCGAGAUGGUGCAGUACUGCCAGAACCGUGUCUACUCCGUGUCGGAGCUGCAGGCCAAGCUGUCGGAGCUGGGGCAGCAGGUGGGGGUGCGCAUCCUCGACGUGCUGGUGCUGCGGGAGAAGAACGGCAAGAGAGAGACCAAGGUCAUCAACGUGCUGCUGUUCAUCAAGGUGAACGUGUGGAAGGCUCUGUUCGGGAAGGAAGCCGACAAGCUGGAGCAGGCGAACGAUGACGACAAGACCUAUUACAUCAUCGAGAAGGAGCCCCUGAUCAACACAUACAUCUCGGUGCCCAAGGAGAACAGCACCCUGAACUGUGCCUCCUUCACUGCAGGCAUCGUGGAGGCCAUCCUCACCUACAGCGGCUUCCCCGCCAAGGUGACCGCGCACUGGCACAAGGGCACCACCCUCAUGAUCAAGUUCGACGAGGCCGUGAUCGUCAGGGACAAGGCUCUCGACGGCCGCUGAUGGCUGGAGGGACGAGGGGGGACGGGGGGGACACAGGGGUGUCAAACUCCAGUCCUCGAGGGCUGCAGGGUCUUCCGGUUUUCAUUCCAACUUUCACUUAAUCGAUCCGAUUAUUCCAUUUUUUUUGCAGUUGAUUUAAAAAAUGCACUUGAUUCAAGGUAGGCUGCCCUACGUUUUGAGGCCUGGAAAGAAGCGUUACGUUUAUCCAAUUAAUCAAAUAAUGAGACCAGUUAAUGAAUUGAAAGCUCAGGUGGAACGAAAGCCAGAAGACGCCUCUGCUCCUCCAGGAGCUGAGCUUGACUGUAGAAUCUAGAGAAGCAGGGGUGUCCAGUCACAUGCCUGGAGGGCUGUACUACUCCAGGUUUAACAGGUAAAAUGAUGCUAUAAUUAACUGCGCCCGGGUCUGGGUGGGGGUGUAAUUGGUUCAGCUGAACAAUGUAGAACAGGGUUGGAAUAGAAACUGGGAGUGGUAGAAGUACAAAAGCGCCGUACAGGUAAAACUACGGGGAAGAGCCAUGUUCGCAUUCUCAAUUCUUAAGAAGGCGCUGUUGGAAACGUUUGUCUACUUGACUUAGUUUCUUGUAGUUUUAUCUUCGAGUCCUGCGUUGAAGUUGUACAGCUGCAUACUCUGUUAGUUCUGUCAUUCUGGGACUAUGUUGUUAUACACUUUAUGGAAACAGUCUCUGAACUUCAACUCAGGACGAGCUUUUGCAUUAAACGAAGCCCUCAGAGCAGACGAGUUCUCUAGUCUUAUGAGUCCAGGCACAGAUUUGGAGUUGUGUGUGUUUAUAGUUAAUGCAGGAACUCCAGUUACGGUCAAAACUACAAACAGGUUUUUCUCUGAUUCAGCAAGUGGGACUUGCACUAAUAAUAAAACAAAAUUAAACGCAAA